CAAUUUAAAACCUUUCUCCCCAUUCGUCAUCUAGUCCCUUCUCAGUCCAUAACUAUGGAUAUCAAUUAUUCUCCGUUAGGUUUUCUAAUUUCACUCUUCUUCAUUGUUACUUUUCUUGCACCACAAGUCAAAUCUAGGGCUUUCUUUGUCUUUGGUGACUCUCUCGUCGACAAUGGAAACAACGAUUACCUUGUCACCACUGCUCGCGCCGACAACUACCCAUAUGGUAUCGAUUACCCGACCCGUCGACCCACCGGUCGUUUCUCUAACGGCCUUAACAUUCCUGAUAUUAUCAGCGAGGCCAUAGGCAUGCCGUCGACUUUGCCGUACCUCAGCCCGCAGCUCACCGGCGAAAAUCUUCUCGUCGGAGCUAAUUUCGCCUCCGCCGGAAUUGGAAUUCUCAAUGACACUGGAAUUCAGUUCGUAAACAUAAUUAGAAUAUCUAAACAGUUCGAAUACUUCCAACAGUACCAGCAACGAGUGAGCGCAUUGAUCGGACCAGAGGCUACACAACAGCUGGUUAACCAAGCUCUUGUUCUAAUCACACUUGGUGGCAACGAUUUCGUCAACAACUAUUAUCUCAUUCCUUUUUCUGCUCGUUCUCGCCAAUUCGCGUUACCCGAUUACGUUGUUUAUCUCAUUUCCGAAUACGCAAAGAUCCUUAGGAAACUCUACGAGUUGGGUGCAAGACGGGUUCUAGUAACCGGAACUGGUGCGAUGGGAUGUGCACCCGCGGAACUGGCUCAGCAUAGCCGCAAUGGCGAGUGCUAUGGAGCCCUCCAAACAGCAGCUGCUUUAUUCAAUCCACGAUUAGUUGAUUUGAUCGCAUCAGUCAAUGCUGAGAUUGGCCAGGACGUUUUUAUAGCAGCUAAUGCUUAUCAAAUGAACAUGGAUUAUUUAUCUAACCCAGAACAAUUCGGGUUUGUGACAUCGAAGGUGGCAUGUUGUGGACAAGGACCGUACAAUGGUAUAGGACUAUGCACACCAAUCUCGAACCUGUGUCCGAACAGAGACUUAUAUGCGUUUUGGGAUGCGUUUCAUCCGACAGAAAAAGCCAAUAGGAUUAUCGUUAAUCAAAUCCUCUCUGGUUCCUCCAAGUAUAUGCACCCUAUGAACCUAAGCACCGUCAUGCUCUUGGAUUCUUCUAGAGUCUAAUUUAAGUGAUUUAUUUCAACUAAAUUUCAAGAUCUCGUCUUUUAAGUAGUUUGUAUUGUUGAUUAAAAGUUUGAUCAGCAUCAUUAGUUUAAUUAAGAGUUUUUUUCUUGUCUGUGAUGUCGUUUGAUGCCUUUGCUUGUUGUAUCUUGAUUAGAUUAGUUUAUUUUAAUUUCUUAUGUGUGUGUGCCAAUUAUCAUGUAAUAUUUGGAAUGGUUGCUAUAUGGUUUUAUUUUGUACUCGAGAUGAUUGAUUA